AUGGCGCCAAAAAGUACCGGAAAAAAUAUAGAGGCUGAAACUGUAUUGCAAGCAGUAGUUCUUGCAGACAGCUUUAAUGAACGGUUUAAUCCUAUAACUCUUGAUAUGCCUCGAUGCCUGUUACCUCUUUGUAACACUCCCUUAAUUGAAUAUACAUUAGAAUUUCUUGCAGUCGCUGGUGUGCAAGAAGUUUAUCUAUUUUGUAGAGAACAUUCAGAAAAGGUUAAAAAUUAUGUAAAGACAUCAAAAUGGAAUCGAUCAUAUUCUCCAUUUAAAAUAAUCACGAUUGUAACACCUGAAGCACGUUCGGUUGGUGAUGCUCUAAGAGAAUUAGACUCGAAACAAUUGAUCAAUUCAGAUUUUAUUCUUAUAAGUGGUGAUGUUGUUUCAAACAUUCAUUUAAAACAGGUUUUGGAUGCACAUAGAGCUCGAAAAAAUACUGACAAAAAUGCAAUCAUGACAAUGGUUGUAAAAGAAGCUAGUCCUUUUCACAGAUCUAGAGCUUUAGGAGAAUCAUCAAUUUUCGUCCUUGAUGGGAAAAGCCAAGAAUGUGUUCAUUAUGAGUCUGUGGAAUUAUAUCCGCGCAAAAGGCGUAUGGUUAUGGACAUGCAAGUAUUUGAAAAGCAUUCCGAUGUACAAAUACGGAAUGAUUUAAUCGAUUGUCAAAUAGAUAUUUGUUCCGUCGAGGUCCCAGCUUUAUUCACCGAAAAUUUUGAUUAUCAAGAUAUCCGAAAGGAUUUUGUUUAUGGUAUUUUGACAUCAGACCUUUUGGGUAAGACAAUAUAUUGUCAUAUGGUGAAAGACGCGUAUGCUGCAAGGGUUCGUAGUUUACAAACUUAUGAUGCGAUUAGUAAAGAUAUUUUGUCUCGCUGGACUUAUCCUAUAGUACCUGAUAGUAAUUUACAAGAAGGUGAUAGUUAUGAGUAUAUGCGUGGACAAAUUUAUAAAGAACAAGAUGUAUCGUUAUCGAGGUCCUGCGUCUUGGGUGAAAAGGUUUUAAUUGGCGCUGGUACCGAGAUUGCGGAAAAUGUUAAGAUAACUAACUCGGUUAUAGGUCGUAGAGUCAGUAUAGGACCAAAUGUUACAAUAGAUGGAGCGUACAUAUGGGAUGGUGUAACCAUCAACGCAAAUUGUUCAAUAUCGCGAUCGAUUCUAACGAAUAAUGUUGUAUUAGAAGAGAACGUAAUUGUCAAUAAAGGGUGUUUGCUCACCUAUGAUGUAAUUAUUGGACCUAAUAUUACCCUUCCCCCAUACACGAAAUUGACUAGCCAUAAACAAACUUCAGAAAAUGAUGAUGGUGAUAUAAGUGAAGAAGAUGAGAGUGGGAAUCAGAAAGCUGCUUCAUUUGAUAUAUCCAACCUGUCCCUCACUGACAAUGAGUCGUCAGCAUCUGUGAUAAGUGAUGGAUCUUCUGAAGAAGAAAGUGAUUUCGAUGGACCAACUACUUUAGAAGUUUUCUCAAAGGAGGUUACACAAACUCUCGAACGUGCAUUUUCGGAAGGUCAUACCGUGGAAAUAGCGUCUUUAGAGUUAAAUACUUUGCGUAUGGCUUCAAAUACUACAUUUCAUGAUACACGAACUGUAGUAAUACCAACCAUCUUUGGCCAAAUUAAUACCGAUAAAUUGUUACCUAGCACCAAAGAUGUAUUAUCUCGUUGGGGAUUACUUAUCGGGAAGUUAGUUCAUUCUAAAGCUGAUCAGAUCGAUGCUUUAUUUAUAUUACAGGAAUGUUGUGCGAAGUCGGAAAUCCAUAACAAAACUUUCGCUCCUUCGCUUCGAAUAUUAUAUGAAAUAGAUGUAAUUGAAGAAGACGCAAUUUUAGAAUGGUAUUAUGAUGAACGUUCUAAAGGAGGCGUUGUAAAACACGAAGCUUAUUCAAAAUUACGUGAUGCGAUUGGAUUUCCUAAUGAAUGUGAUCAGGAACCUAUAAGUCAGAGAGUAGGUUUUUAUCUUACGUCCCUCGAAACAAUCAUUAAGACUGAAGAAGGUAACCAAAGACAAGUCAGUCUACUUAAAAACUAUAGACAAACAAUUGGUGUGGCAGGAGCUUUUAACGUUUCUGUCAUUCAAGCUUUUAACGCGAGCCACAAAGUUAGUGUUGGGGCUCAGAUUGAGAACAUCAGCAAUGGGAGUAUCUCUGUGAGACGUAAGCGGACUAUUUCACAAUACAAUGAACAUGUGACUUCCUCAAUGCCGAAAAAGCGAAACAAGAAAGAUUACGAUAUACGCGAUACUGAUGGAAGUAUGUCAGAUGAUGGGCUACCACCUGUGUCGUAG